AUGAGUCAGCUUGGCUGUGUUGUUAGACGCACAUACUCUGUGCCUUGCCCCAAGUACCUCGUUCACAUUGACACCAACCACAAACUGAUCCGAUAUAACAUCAUCAUAUUUGGAGGCAUUGAUGGCUUCUCACGCAAGAUAAUGUACUUGAAUGCGGCCGACAACAACAGAUCCGACACCAACCUAGCCUUCUUCAGUGAGGCUGUUCAAGAAUUUGGAUAUCCUCUCAGAGUGCGAGCAGAUCAUGGAGGGGAAAAUGUGGGUGUUGCCCGUUUGAUGUUCACCAUGCGCGGACCAGAGAGUGGAUGCUUUAUUGCAGGAAAAAGUGUUCAUAACCAAAGAAUUGAAAGACUUUGGCGUGAUGUCUGGAUGGGGGCAACCCAAGUGUUCUACCACAUUUUUCGAAUGCUGGAAGAAGAGGGCUACCUUGACCUGACUAACACCACCCACUUCUUCUGUCUGCAUUACGUCUUCCUGCCUCGUCUACAGUUGACCUUGGACCUGUUUCGUGGAGGAUGGGACAACCAUCCCUUGAGGACAGAGCAGAACAUGACACCAAACCAGCUAUGGGAGCUUGGUCAAAUUCAGCAUCCCAUUCCCGAUCCAGAGGAUUUGAACAUUCCUGAAAUUGAUUGGGAGCAGAGUGGAGAUGUGUCAGAGCUCCAUCAUGGCGUAAAUGUUCCUCAGUUCGAGAGCCCACUCAGUCCAGAGCAACUCCGCCUAUUGAAGGUGUAG